AUGGCCUUUAAGAAAAGAGAACUUGAUGGAUUUAACGAAUCCAUAAACUGUAAAAAAUGUAAAAAAAGAAAAUCUAUUAAUCUUUCGUGUCUAUGUAGACGAUGUAAUGCUAUGAACUCAUUGAUUGUUGGCAGUGGAAAUGAAAACAUUGAUGAUUUCAUCAAAGUUACACAAUUUACAAGAGAAAGUGUGAAUA